CGUAGCUCUGGCUCGCUCCAAAACAGGCGUCAGAGUGUCGAAGUAGACCAUUAGCCCCCCCACUAGUACCUCAGGGCUAGUUCAGAGUGAGUGGACAAACCGCUGUGAGGUUCUGGACACUGGUAAGCCUACUGAGGGUCAGGGGUCUGAAGAAUGGGCUCGUUAAAGACCCUGUCAGGUGGACUGCUGCUGGGUUUAUGCCUCACCUUGCUGGGAUGGGGAGCUGAGGGACAAUGGAACGGACGCCCCAAGAAGGAGAUAUCGGGCAGUGGCCCUAUCAACCUCGGCCAACAACAACGAGGCACCUGGUGGCCCCUGAUGCAGACCAGAGAGAACCUGACAGAGGUCAAAAGCAUCAAGUCCAUGUUCCAGUUCCGGACGUUUGACCCCGAGGGGGUGGUGUUCUAUGGGGACACCAGGGAGGGAGAGGACUGGUUUGUCCUGAUCCUCAGGAACGGCCUCCCUGAGAUGCAGAUCGGGAAAGCAGACAUCCUCGUCAGUGUGCAAGGGGGACCCAAACUCAACGACGGCAAGUGGCAUCUGGUGGAGAUCAGUAGCCAGGAGGAUUUUGUGGUGCUGGAGGUGGACGGCCAGAAGGCGUUGGUGGUGGGACUGAAGUCCAAAGAGACCAUGGAGGUUCUGACAGGCCAGAUCCGCCUCGCCCUCGGGGGGAUCCUGGUCAACCUGGACAAGCUGUUCCUCCCGUUCCAGCCAGAGAUGGAUGGAUGUAUCCAGAAGGGGAAUUGGCUAAACCUGAGCACCCCCUGGGAGACAGAGUUGAUUGGGGAGCCCUGGCCCUGCUACCAGAACAUCCAACCAGGGAGCUAUUUCCCCGGCACAGGACUGGCUGCAUUCAACACCACAGACCUCCCUGGCCACCAGACAGAGGAGGGUGGGAUUACUAUUGACAUCCAUGGAGACUCCACUAAAAUGGAAGGAACAGUUCUGAGCUUGAACACCCCUGGGCAGGAAUUGCCCACAGUAACAGUGAAAAUCAACAAUAACCCAAAGAAAGUCAUACUGACCAUCCUCAAGCAUGACACCAUCACCGAACAGAGUUUCAGCAGACUGUCCCUAACCCUGUUGAAGAAUCAAGUGAACAUGGACAUCGAUGACACGCACCUAACAUUUGAGAUCGACAGUAUACCUGACUUUUCUAGAAGCUGGAAAGAGGGGAUGAUCCUUGCAUUUGGGGGGCUUCCAGCCAUUACAAUGAGCCCAUCCUCCUAUCGCUCCUCCCACCAGCCUCCUCUGACAGGUGAUGGAGUGUCCUACAGUAGCAUCCAGUACCUGAAGGGCUGUCUGGAGAAGAUCCAGGUCCAGGGACAGGAUGUGGAUCUAGACCGGGCGCUGUACAAGGACCUCUCCGUUUCCUCCCAUAGUUGCCCCUCAGAAGUCUGAACCAAGGCUAUCCUGACAGAUCAGAUCUGUGAUGACUGUAGAGAUGUCAUUUAUCUCCAUCAAUCGCCCUUCCCUGGUCGCAUAAACCUAAUUACAAAUUCCCCCCCCCCCCAUCUGCAUUUUAACUGGCCCAGUCAGUAUUCCUGUACACACAGUCCUAAUUUUAACCAUGGCUAAGAGAGGUUUGACCAUAGAAUUAGGAAUUAGAAUACUAGAAUGUAAAAUAACCUUCUUAUGAUGUUCCAAAGGUCAGCCGUGUUGGUGAGGGAGUUGGUCAACCAUGGUUUACCAGUGCUGUGAUAAUAUGUAUAAUAAUGAAUGUGAUAAAUUUAUCUGCACAGUAUGUGUGUUAGCUAGCAAGCCAGCCAGUUUUAGAGGAAUGAUUCCAUAAAGUGCUCUUAUUAACUGCCAAUAUGGCAACAUUCCAUUCAAACAAUACAGUCAAUACACAGUCAUACACUGGCUGAAGUCAGUUGAUGAUAGACAAGUUGUAAAUGCAACAAGUACUGUUAUUGUAUGACUAUAUUAUAUGACAAUAAUUGUAGGUUGACUAUAAUUUUAUUACACAAUUUCUGACACAUCACAUGCCUUACUUUUAUGUUCCUACUUAAGUAAAAGCAGGAAAUGGAUCACCUUUGACUCUACUGCCAUUCAUUCCAAUUAGAUUGGUUUUGGAUUUAUUCCUGACCAAGAUCGCUGCCAUUUUGCCCCAUUCUUGAACUUUGAGGGUUUAUGACAUAAACCCAUAGAGAUCUUAUUAAAUUACUAGAGGGGCUGACAGUCUUUGUUUGCUUUUGACCAGGUUAUGGGGUGUAAAAUGAGCAGAUGAGAUGGGCCAUUGCUUUCUGAAUUUUCUGUCAAUAAAGAUACAUUGAGCUUGUGGUAGAUGA